AUGGUGUCGCCCAGGGGGGGACGCGCCGACAGUUCGGACGCGGGUCUGGCCGGGUUGGCUCCGUUCUGCCGCAUUUAUGACUCAUUAAAAAGCUUUGCGUUCGCCGUCGCCCAGCCUGCUUCUCUCCGCGUCUCCCCCGCGGCCCCCAGCCCCGGCCCGCCACCGCGCGAGGGGGUGUCCCGGCCCGCGCGCCGAACCCGGCUCCUCCGAAGCCCCCUCCGGCCCCGCCGCCCCCCUCGGGCCUACCCGGCUCCCGCCCCUCCCCUUCGCCCCCACCCCAGCGCCGCUGCUCCGGGCUUCGCCGCUCGAAGACAACAGCCCCGGCGCCGCCAGCUCCGCCACAACCCCGGCGGGCGGGUGAAGCUCGGACCCGCCGCCCUCGGUCCGCGCCGAGCCGCGGAGAGCCGCGCGCCGGGCACCGGGGAGGCAGCGCGGGGAGCGCCGUCCGAACCCCGGGCGCCGGGAACCUCGCCCGCCUCGGGGCAGGCCCGCGCACUCCUGCCUCCGUGGGCCCCAGAGGAAGGAAGGCCCAGUAGCCCUCCCCACGCGGCAGUUUCGUGUGCUAAUCGCUGUGGCUUCACCUCUGCCUUUAAUUUUUACAUCUGGAGCUGGGGACCGUCUUCCAACUUCCACUAACACGGAAAACCAUCGCAACAAAGCCAUGGAGGACUCCGCAUCGUAUGUGGAUUUCUUAAUAUAAAUAAAUCAUACGAACCAAGAUUUAUGUUCUCCAAAUGAUGUCAUUCGUUAAGGGCCGCCUUCCCAAUCUAGUCAGGCUUUGGUGAUGUCCUCGGGUGCGCGUGCAUGGUUUCCUGGCGUGCCGUGUGCUCCCUGCGCUGCAAGGGAGGCGGGUCUGCUCCCCUUUCUCUGCUCCGCCCAGGACAUCAGCGACGCCCCUGAGAACCGGUCCAAGUGCGGACAGCACUUUCAACCCCACAGGCUGCCUUAAAGCUUUGCUCUUGAACCAUAAGUCCUGAGGCUGAGAGACUGUCGCGGCUUCCCGAGGGAUUUGCGUGGACCCAGCGGACGCUGGAAGUCCUUUGGGUCUUUCGGAGCCUCCAGUGAUGCUGGCUGCAGCGUAAUCACUUUGAGAUGAGUGAGGAACAGAAAAAUCGCUGUUAAUGGGUAAAUGAGAUGUGCCUUACCCAGACGGUGGAGGAGCAUUUGGUCACAAAAGGAACCGAGUACGGACACACGCGACAUGAAUGAGUCCCAUUAUGCUUGGUGACAGAAGCUGGUCACAAAAGGCCAUGUGUUGUACGAGUCCAUUUACACGAAGUGUCCAGGAUGGGCAAAUCCCUAGAGAUGGAAGUUAGGUGAGUGUUUGCCAGAGGCUGGGGGGCCGUGAUGGCUGAUAGGGCUCUCCUUCAGCAGUGUGCUGGUUUUCUGGAACGAGCUGGCUGGAGGGUUGCACAGCAUCGCGAAUGUCUAAAUGCUACUGAAAUGUUCCCUUUAAAAUGGUCGGUGUUAUGAUACGUGAAUUGUAUCUCAAUACGUCUGUCAUUAAAAAAUCGCCCCUGAGCGUACAGGUUUAGAAGCUUCAUGCACAUCUUUAAACCCUUAUUAAAUCUGGAACUGAGCGUAGAGCAGGAGAGGUGCGGGAGGGGUGCACACAGACCCUGGGAAGGGGGUCACGUGAGCGCUAGCCCAGCUCCUCGCGGAAGCCCAAACACGUGACUGUUUUCACAGCAGCCCUCCGGCACGGCUUCCCCUUCCCACCAGUGCAAGGGUAACUCUCCGUGGCUUCUUGUGUUAAUCUUCUCCUUGACUUGGUUUAAGUUUCAUCAUCUAACACAGAUCCCCGAAAACGUGAGUCUGGCUACAGAGUUUAAUCGGCCUGAAAUGAGCGAGAAGCACUAAGAGCACGACAGAGGGAAGGGGCGAUGGGUCUGUCCCCACCACGGGCGACCAUUGCCCACUGGAAGCAAUGACACGUCUACAAACAUGAGACCCAGUGAGAGAAGCCAGUGAAGAGGCCACGUAUUUGACGACGCUAUCAGCAAAUCCGGAGAAAGGGCAAGCAGGUUGCUGGUUGCCUCGCUGUGCACAGAGAGGCGGUGGUGUCCUGGGCAGGUGAAGGUUUCUAAGGGACGAGCCAGACCAGAGUCUGGGUGCAGCCCCUGGACAUUACCAGAAGACCCUCGGGGAAUAUAGGGCUGACCCAUUAUAGCCUGGACCUUUUUUUUUUUUUUUUUAAACAUCAUAAUUUUAUUUUAUUUUUUCAGUGU